AUGGAGAUAGACGAAAGUAAGAGAGCAAGCAGUGAUUCAUUGACAAUAUAUGUGGGGGAGCUGUCGCCCAAGACCCUUGACUCUGAUCUUUUCAGGGUCUUUUCGAAUGUGGGAAAGGUUUUGAGCGUCAAGCUGAUCAAGAGGGCAGAGCCAGUUUCGUCCUUUGCAUUUGUAACCUUUGAGAACGAGGAGGAUGCGGAGAGGGCGAUCCGAGAAUACAAGCAUUAUGAGCUACACAAUAGGCAGAUAAGGGUGAUGAAGAAGGAUGAAAGGCCGCCUGAGACGGGGAACAUCUUUGUCAAGAACCUUCCAGAAGACUUUACCGGCAAGGAUCUGGACGAUGCAUUUUCUAUGUUUGGGGAGAUUGUCAGCUGUAAGGUUGCAACGACAUCGCACGGGAAGUCGAAGGGGUAUGGGUUUGUCCAGUUCAAGGAGAAGAAGGCGGCAAAGAAGGUUAUCAAGAACUUCAGCAGCCUCGACGGGCUUCUGCUCGGCGGAAACAGGAUUGUUGUGGAGCUGUAUAACCCGGAGAUAAAGAAGGGGGAAAGCAAGAAGACAUCGGCAACAUUCACCAACUGCUUUAUCAAGAACUUUCCGUUUGAUGCCAGCGAGGCAGAGCUUUUGGAGCUUCUUGAGAGGUAUGGGAAGGUGACAUCGCUGUUUUUUCCUGUGAAGGACAACGGGAAGCCAAAGGGCUUUGCAUUUGCCAACUUCGAGAACCACGAGUCUGCACUCAAUGCCAUCAAAAAUCUCCAUGGAACAUUCCCCUUUGGCGCUGGCAGGGACGGGACUGGCGAGGCAUUCUAUAUUCAGAAGGGACAGAGGAAGGAGGAGAGGGCGGAGGAGCUUAGGAAGAUGUUUGAGCAGAUGAGCAUGCAGGGGCAGAGCUACAAGAAAAACCUCUACAUAACAAACAUUCCCGAGGGCUUUGGGUGUGAGGAGCUGGGCAGCAUAUUCAAGGAGUUUGGGAAUAUUACAUCGAUAUCUGUGGGGGUUGAUGGGGCCAACAGCCAGAAGCAGUACGCGUACAUCUGCUACUCGACGCCGGAGGAGGCAAGCAUAGCUGUGGAGAGGGGGAACGAGAUAUAUCUUGACGGAAACAGGCUGCAGGUUGCAUACUUCAAGAACAAGCUUGAAAGGAUGAAGGAAAAGGAGUUUGGUGGAGGCCUUGGAUACAAGCCCGGGGUUCCAUACAUGUACAACCAAGGGGUCAGCUUUGCAUCGAGAGGGUUCAAGCGCGAGAGGAACAGAGGCGGGGCUGCAAAGCCAUAUGGCAACGAGCUGGAGAAGCUACACAGCCUUGUGCUGGCGGCGGCACCGUCAUUCAAGAGCCAGUGGAAGGACUUUGGAGUCGGUAACGAAGUCGAGUUUGCCAACAAGGUCAUAAGGGCUUUCCGCAGCAGGUCUGAGGAGGAGAUCAAGGACAUGAUUGAUCUGAACUUUGUUCUUACGAAGAACAUAGCCUCGGCUAUUGAGGAUGAUAACUCGAACGACCAAGUUUUACUAUAA